AAAAUAUAGUUUCAUUUCAAACGGGUAUUUCAUACGGUUAAGUUCAUAAUUGCAUGCUUAGGAAAUAAAAAAUUAAAUAAAAAAAAAAGAAAAAUCGGACGGAAAAAGGAAAACUAUAAAAUAUUUGUGCAUGAUAAUUAAGUUAAUGUUUUUUAGAAUUUAUUUAUAAAAAGAUAAAUCGAUCCCGAUAGAGAAGAAAGGAUUACUUUAAAGAUAAUAUUAAAAGUACACAUAUACGUAUAUAUAUUUGUGAACAAAUUCUAAAUUAAAAAAAGGAUAACUAUUGUAUUUAAAAUAGAUUUAACCAAAAGCAAAAUUUAAAAGUUUCAAAAAAGGAAAAAUGCCUAUUUGUGUUUAUUAAAAAAAAUUAAAAGAUUUAUACAAAAUAAAUAAUUUAAAAAAAUUGUUUUAUAAAAUACAAUAAUUAUCAAUAAAAACUUUCAACUGAAAUAAAUUAGAUAUGAAAACUAUAACUGCAAUAACAACUGGUGGUUCUGGUGUCACAAAUGGACGCAUAUCACGUCGUCAAAGUGAUCAUGGUAGUGGUGAAAAUGCUGAAAUAAAAAUGUAUUUAUCAAAAUUAAAAGAUUUGGUACCAUUUAUGCCAAAAAACCGUAAAUUAUCGAAAUUGGAAAUAAUACAAAAUGUUAUCGAUUAUAUAUGUGAUUUACAAAAUGAAUUAGAAACUCAUCCUACAAUGAGUGCAUUUGAUGCAUCAACAGCAUUAAGUGAUGAUUCAAAUGAUAAUCAUCAUUAUAAUAAUAUUAAUAUUAAUGAAAGAAAUAAUAAUAAUAAUAUAAAUAAUCAUUAUAAUAAUAAUAAUAGUAAUAGCAAUAUAUACAAUACUAGUAACAACACUUAUAAUAUUAAUUCUUCAACUAGUCAUAAUCAUCAUUUACAUCAGAACUCACAGUAUCAAUAUCUAGUUAGAAGACCAUUAGUUGAUAGAUCAUCACCAAAUACAAUAUUAAGUGAUAGUGAGAUCCAUCAACAAAAUUUAAUAAAUAAUCAACAAUUAAUACACUCGCAUACGAUGGCUGAUAAAUCUGCUUGACCUACUUGUGCAUAUUUGAAUAAGAGAUCUCGUUUACGAUGAAAUACUAAUUUCAUGACUAAUAUACAAAAAUGAAAUCCUCGUAUAAAAAUUUUAUAGAUAUAAUUAAUAUAAUAUUUUUAAUUAUACACUUUUUAAAAAAUUGAAGAUUAAAAAAAAAAAUAUUGCAAAGCAAAUUUUAACAAUUAUUAUUUAACACAUUUUUGUAAAUUUACAGAGUUAAAUAUCAAUGUUUUUUUAUUUGCUUGAAAUUAAAAACUUGUUACUUUUUUUUUAUUUCUAGUUUCUUGAGUGUAGUAAAUAUUUUAAGUUUGCGAAUAGGAUUAUUUUUAAUUUUGGUUAGAACAGUAAUUGUAAUCGUUUUCUUUUUAUUAAGGUAUCACCAUAAUUAAAAAUUUAUUACUACAUGUGUAAAAAUUUCCAAAAAAAAACAAAAGUUAAUACGUUAAUUAAACAUAUACAUAUACACACUAAUGUACAUUUAUCAUUUAUUUGACUAUAUAGUUGAAAACUGAAUCAAACCAACAUUUAAACAUGAAUAAAUUUAAAAUAUCACAUUAUAAUGUAAAAAAAAUUAUAAUGUACAGGGAUACAAAAACUUUUUCUUGUUUUGGAAAAAACAUUUUAAAAAUUAAAAUUUUAAAAUUUUUUUAAAAUUAUGUUUUUUUAAUUGAUCAAUCUUAUUCACGACAAAAUUUUAUUUACAAUGGAACUUUAACAUUGCAUCCUAUAUUAUUAACAAAAAAAUGGCAAUCGUAUAAGAUGGCAGUAUAGUUUUAAUUAUAUUAAUCUUUAAUCAUCAUAAUAUAUUUGUUAUGUUCUUAAUUAUUGCAAACAAUAUUUAUUGCAAUUCACUGUUUGAAUUCAAAUGAAUAAACUUGUGUUUGAAAUGUUUCUUUUAUGUCAUACUAGAAAUAAAAAAGAACAUAAGGCAGAUAAUUUUACAUACAGAAAUAAAAAAAUGCAAAACUAAUUUGAAAAAUUUUUAGUUUUUGAAUUAUCAAUUUAAUUAUGCAAAUUCUUAUAGAAAAAUUUUUGUCCUGGUUUAACAUUAAAUUUGAAUUAAUUGCAAUUUUUGCAUUUUAAAAUUUACAAUGCUGUCAGUAUUAAAAAGUAUCUUAUACUCAGGCAUUUUAGAAAAACCAAAUAAAUUUGAGAAAUUUCAUAGAAUGGAAAUUAUUUUACAAUGAACCAUUUAAUACUUUUAUGACUUUUAAUUUUUAAAAUUUGAGCAUUUUGAUAAAGGAACUAAACUUAAAAGUUAAGUAGAAUUAUUUAUAUGCAUGAAAAACAUUUUUUUCUUUUAGAACGAAUUAAAGUAAAAAAAACAUGUACAUACACCCAAAUAUAUUUUUGAAAUCCAAAAAAGAAUAAAACAUUUGAUGAACAAAAACAUUGAAAAAAUUAAUGUUAAAAUAAAAUUUUAAAUUCUCUGUGAUCCGUAGAAUGUUAUUAUGUUUUGUACAAAGUGUAUAGAAUUCUUAUAAGCUUUUAUUAGUUUAUAAUUAUAUAAUAUUAAAAAAAUAUUAUAAUAAAGUAA